AUGCCAGAUGGUUCAGCUACUAGAAGAGAAUGGAUUUCUUACUCUUGUAGUAAUGAUAAAAUAUUUUGCAUUUAUUGCAUAUUAAUCGGAAAUGAAAAAAGUACUGUAUGGACUAGCACAGGCUUCAGCAGUUGGAAUAAAGCAUCUGAGAGAAUAGUGAUGCACGAAACAUCAUCAAAUCAUAUUGAAGCUUGUCUUAAAAUUAAAUUGGAAGAUACAUGUUUGCCUCUUUUGCCUAGUAUGUUAAAAGCAAGAAAUGAGUUUGUUGCAAAAAAUCGUAUGAUUGUUGAAGCUAUUAUAGAAAUAAUUUUAUACUUAGCUAGACAUUCCCUUGCUUUUCGAGGACACCGAGAAAGUUGGUCAGACAAUUUAAGAGGAAAUUUUAAAGAUCUAGUUUGCUUACUGGGCAAAUAUCAUCCUACCUUAGCAACUUACAUUGUUGGGCAUCAAGAAAAAAAUAAAAACAAGUAUGAUUUUAUUUCAUGGAGACGACAAAAUCAAAUUAUAGAAUCUUUAGCUAGUUAUACUCGUGUUGUGAUUUUGAAACAGAUAAAAACUGCCAAAUUUUUUAGUCUUACAAUGGAUGGUACCUUUGAUAACUCUAGAAAAGAACAGUUAACAUUUGUGAUAAGAUAUUUAAAUGAAGAUAGUGGAGAAAUCAAUGAAAGGUUAAUUAACUUAAAAGAAUGCAAUAAUACGUCUUCUGAACAAUUGUUUAAUAUUUUUGAAAACAUUUGUAAUGACAAUUCUUUAAAUUGGAAUGAUUAUUUAGUGGGACAGUCCUAUGAUGGGGCUAGUAAUAUGCGUGGUUCAUAUAAUGGUCUCCAAGCUAUAAUUAGGCGUUCUAAUACAGCUGCUAUUUUUGUGUGGUGUUAUGCACACCGACUGAAUUUGGUCCUUACCGAUGCAGUUAGUUCCUCUGUGAAUGCUGUUGAUAUGUUUGGAAUUAUAGAAACUGUACAUGAUUUUAUUAAUUCAAGUAAGAAAAGGGUUGCAUUAUUUGAACUACAUCAAGAAAAAUGUUAUGGUAAUAAACAACGUAAACGUCGAUUUAAAAGGGUUCAGACAACAAGGUGGUGGUCCCAUGAUUUGGCAUUAAACACAGUUUUGGAUACAUUUGAUGCAUUAUGUGACACAUUAGAAGAACUUCAAAAAAGUGAAAGUUCAAGUGAUCGAAAAGGAGCCCACCAAGCAAAAUGUUUAAAAGAAAAUUUAAUUUGUGACAAAUUUUUGUUGACUGCAUUUAUUUACAAACAAUUAUUUGAAAUUGUGACACCUUUAAGUAAAAUGUUACAAACUGUAGACAUAGACCUAAUUGGAGUUAUAGCUGUAGUCGAUGACAAAAUAUGUGAACUAAAAAAUGCCAGAAGUGAUGAAAACUUUUUAAAAUUACAGGAAAAAGUUGAUAGGUUUAAAAUGUGUUCAUCUGUGGAUAACGAAGAUUUUAAACUAUUGCCACUAAAUCGUUCAAAGAGAGUUCCAAAAAAGUCUGCUGAAGAAACCCAAGAUGAAGUAAUCAAUGAUCCACUUCAACAUUUUAAAAUUCAAACUUUUUUUGUUGCAUAUGAUACUGCAAUUAUACAGAUUAAAGAAAGGUUCAGUGAAAUCACCAAGGGUAUUUACAAAGAUUUGUCCUUAUUUUCUCGGAGACGUUUGGAAGAAAUUUCAAAAAAUAAUGAUCUAUUACCUAAAGAUGCAUUUGAUGUGUUUUCUGACGUUUACAGUAAAUUUAUACUGAAAGAUGAUUUAAAAAGGGAAUAUUUGCAGUUUUCUAAAAAAAUUUAUGAUGACCUCAGUGGUUCAUUGACUGAUGAAGCAUCAGAAUCAGAAAUAGAAGAUAGUUUUGAGAACAAUCACGAUAGACAAGACAAAGAAGUACCAAAACUUCAUAAAAAUGGAUGCAGUUUGUCAAUUGUUUUAAAGGUUUUGCUAAUCAGUGGCCUAUCAUCUACAUUCCCAAUGCUUACUACUGCCUUAAAAAUUGCUGUUACUCUCCCAGUGGCCAGUACUACUCCAGAGAGAACAUUCUCAAAGUUAAAUAUUGUGAAAAAUAAAUUACGUAGUACUAUGGCAGAAGGUAGACUUGAAAGCUUAAUGAUACUUUUGUGUGAAUCAGAUAUCAAAAUUGAAACUGAUCAAAUAAUCAACGAUUUUGCCAGAAAAAGUGUAUUGUUAGAAAAAGCAUUAUUGUACUAA